AUGAAUGACCCUGGCCUUGACGACGCCGUUGCUGAUGAGGCAGUGGCUCUCGAUACUACCUCCAGCAACCGCCAAGAUCAGAGUGAUCAAGAUUCAUCAACUCGAGAUGCGAAGUAUCCUCGAGCUGCUCGAUGGUGGUUUGCGAGUACAAUAUAUCCCCUGACAGCUGGCACAUUCGGCCCAAUGGCUAGCGCUUUCAACAUAUGCUCCCUGUCCCAACCCUGGCGAAUGGACCUAACAAGCACCGGUGGAAUAGACGUUCCUGAUCCAAAAUGGGCCAUCGCCAUAAACGCAGUAUCCUUGGUUUUUGCCCUAGCAGCAAACCUAGCCCUAUCCCUAAAUAUGGCCCGACGUAUUCGCUUCGAAAUCGCCCAACCAAUAAUCAUCAUCGGCUGGUAUAUCUCAUCGGCACUCUUGAUAGCAAUCCUCAUACCCUUCGGCGUGCUCAUGUACAAACCAGAGAACGACGGCCGGAUCUACUCCCAGGCAUACUUCUAUGGUGCAUUCGCGGCGGGCAUAUACUUCAUCAUCUCCACUUUGAUGCUGGCCACCGGCUACGGUGCCUGGAAGGGUCACUACAGUCGUGAAUACAAGUUGACGACUAGCCAGCGGACGCUCAUGCUGCAAACGAUCAUCUUUUGCUUUUAUCUUCUUGGUGGAUCAGCUGUCUAUGCGCGAGUUGAGGGCUGGAGGUUCCUCGAUGCCGUUUACUUCGCGGAUUACACGUUGCUCACAAUUGGAGUCGGGAACUUCGCGCCGGCUACACACCUUGGUCGGGGACUUUUGUUUCCCUAUGCUGUUGGGGGUAUUAUCAUUCUUGGCUUGAUCAUCUCCUCGAUUCGCACUCUGAUGUUGGAGAAGGGGAGACAGAAAGUUGGUGAUAUGCUCACGGAUCACACGCACAAGUUCAUCAUGAAGGAGGCUUUCUCAGAACGGUCUAGGCUGCAUGGUGUCGUCCCACCGCUUGGAAAGGAGAGUGUCAAGGCAGAAGGCUUGAGUGAGCGUGAGCAACAAAAGAGGGAGUUCAUUGCUAUGAAUCAGGUUCGCGAGUUGGCGACUAUUCAGCAUAAGUGGCUCUCGCUUUUCAUUUCGCUGACGCUCUGGAUGGCUAUGUGGUUUAUUGGGGCUGUCGUCUUUUGGCGCUCUGAGACUGUGCAGCAAUGGACAUAUUUCGAGGCGUUAUACUUUGCCUACACGAGUCUUCUUACGAUUGGAUAUGGUGACAUAUAUCCGAUCAGCAGCUUGGGAAAAGCUUUUUUCGUCUUUUGGUCUUUACUUGCUGUUCCGACGAUUACAAUUCUCAUUUCGAAUAUUGGGGAUACGCUUAUCCGGUUCAUUCGUGAUGUGACAUUGUUCCUUGGUGAGAUCACUAUCUUGCCUGGUGAUCAAUCAUUUGUCGACCGGGUUAAAGAUGUGUUCAACAAGUCUUGGAUUGGAUGGUGGCUUGAAGACAAAACUGGGGAAAAGACGGGACAAUCCAAAGAGAAGGAUAGUUCUGCUACUGGAAAUGCCAACAAUGACAGAAGUCAACUGGAAGCCGAGGAGCUGAAUAAGGAACAAAAUGCUCGUGAGCGCGGUGACUUUGUUGCUGAGAAUGCCCAUCAUCGUCACUACCUUCUUUUCAAGGAAAUACGCAAGAUGAUUGAGUAUUCUUCUAGUCAUUCCUCUCGACAGUUUGACUACUUGGAGUGGGAGUACUAUCUCGGUCUGAUAGCCGGAAAGAACAAGCUGCAUUACGGCGGGGAUGGAAGCAGCAAGGAACAAGGGGGAACGAUUAACGACUGGAGGUGGAUUGACAAGGAGAGUCCGUUGUUAGGGCAUAAGACUGAGGUUGAGUGGUUACUAGGAGCACUGACAGAGGCUUUGGAUCGUGAGUUGAGGGAGGCUAGUCAGCUCCAUGAUUCUGAGAGCGAGAACGGUGAUAAUUCAGGUCUUUCUGAACGCAAAGGCAACGAACGCGGGCAGUGCUGCGCCGAAGGGAGCGCUCGGCACUUUGUGGACACAGCGAUCAAGUCUGCGGAAGAGACCGAUGGUGUCUGUUUCCACAUUUAA